AUGGAGUCAAACAGUACUUAAUCAGAUGAAAAUACUUCAACAAGACCUUCACAAUAAUUUGAAACUUAUAAGAAAAUAUCAGUCCUAGGAAAGGGAUCCUUUGGUAAAGCCUUCUUAGUCCAAUGUGGCAGCGAUGGAAGCUAUGCUGUAAUAAAAAAGAUUGAUAUAGCUAAAAUGAGUGAUGAAGAAAAAAGAGAGACUUUUAAGGAGGCAAAGAUCCUUGAAGUGCUUAAUCAUCCUAAUAUCAUUAGAUUUAAGGAAGUAUAUAAAACGAAAAAGGGCCAAUUAUGUAUCGUUAUGGACUAUGCUGAUGGUGGCGAUUUAGCUGGAAUGGUUAAGAAAUAAAGAGAAAAGGGAGGGUUUUUCUCUGAGGAUUAGAUUUUAAACUUAUUCACUUAGAUUUGUCUUGCAAUUAAGCAUAUACAUGAUCGCAAAAUAUUGCAUCGUGAUUUGAAAUCUUAGAAUGUCUUUUUAACAAGAUAAGGUUUAGCAAAACUAGGAGAUUUCGGCAUUGCAAAAGUUUUACAAUCAACUGUAGACCAUGCUAAAACUAUAGUGGGUACACCAUACUAUCUCUCACCUGAGAUUAUUGAGAAUAAACCAUAUAAUUUCAAAUCUGAUAUGUGGUCAUUAGGUGUGCUAUUAUAUGAGAUGUGUGCAUUAAAACCUCCUUUUAAUGGUGCGAGUCUCCAUAUUUUAGCCUUACAAAUCAGUGAGAAGUAAGCUCCAGCUAAACAAGAAUAGCAAGCCAAACCACAGCCAGUUAAGAAGGAAUAACCAAGACCAUAGCUCUAAGUUUAAAAAUAGGCAUCAGCAGUUAGCAACAAUCAGAAAAUAGCCUAGGAAAAACAAGUCAGUGCUUACCAAUAAAAAAUGUAGAUGAAAAAAGAGAUUGAAGAGAAAAAAAGAUAGCAUAUGCUGGCUGAAUUAUAAAGAAGAAAAGAAGAGGAAUAAAGGAGAUUAAUGCAAGAAAGAGAGUAAAAACAAAGAAAGCUUUAGGAGUAUCAUGAAGAGAGAUAACUCUAGAAGUAAAAACUAGAGGACUAAAGAAAAAAAAUGAAGGAAGAUAUUUAAAGCAAAAAAAAGGAUAUGAAGAAAUAGGGCAGCGAUUUCAAAGUAGAAAUUGUUGGACUACCUCCUGACAUGCUUGGCGCUUAAUAGGAUGAUUUUUCUAACUCAGUUCUUGAAUAAGACUUAGACAACAAUAACGGUGAUAAUAGUUUUACUAACAAUGAUCUAGAUUAAGAUGCCAUGCCAUUCUAGCCAGUAAUUAGGAAAUAGAGUAGUAGUCAGAAGAAGAAUGAAAAGUUUGGAAAGGGUAAGGACUUUGAUAUAUUGAUAUCAGAAAAAGACCUGCAGAGAAUACAGAGAAGACAAAAUGAGAUCAACAAUAAGUAAAGAUAGUCAAUAGUAAUGGAUGAAUAAAAGGAAGCAGAAUAUGAUGACUAUGUGAAUUAGAUGGAGAAAUUCUUAGGAAGAGAAAGAUCAAGUGGGGCUCAAGAUGAUGAUGAGGAUAAUGAUUAUCAAUACAACAAUUAGGAGGAGUAUAAAGCUUAAGAGUACAGCACAUAGAAUAGCUCGAGUUAGGACGAUUAAGAUAUGGCAGUAGAUCCAUUAGACAACCUUAUCUAAUAAGCUACCAAAGAAUAAGCAGAAUAGGAAGAGGAUAGAGAGGAUGAUGAGGAUGAUUCCUAAGAUCAAAGUAAUGGUAAUGGUGAGACUAAUGCUCAGUCCUUCAUUAAUUAAAAUGAUGGAAAUGAUGAGACAAGAAACUUCAUUGUAGAACUUCAUGGUUUGUAAAACUUUGAAAUUGCUUAUAAAAUUAUGGACCAAUAUAGAGAGAAUAGAUUCAACGAUGAAUUCUAGAAAAAGAUAGCCAAAGAAAUAGAGGAGGCUGUUCCUGAAUAACAGCAAAAUGAAAGGCAAGACUUAAUAGGACUAGUAUCAUCUCUGAUGAUAGUUGAAGAUUAUAAAAAGGAAAAGUAAAACUGA